AUGGCGGGCCGGGGUCGCCGCGCUGCCGGGCGGGGGGCGGCGGUGCCGCCACGCCGCGGGCUCUGCCCGCCCGCCCCGCGCACGCCCCGGGAGCCGCCCCCCGGUACCGCCCCCCGGCACCGCCCCGAGCCCUGCGCCCCGCCCCGGGCCGGGCCAGCGCGCCGGGACAGCACCGGGACAGCGCCGGGACAGCGCCGGGACAGCGCCGGGACAGCACCGGGACUGCGCCGGGACAGCGCCGGGACAGCGCCGGGACAGCGCCGGGACAGAACCGGGACAGAACCGGGACAGCGCCGGGACAGCGCCGGGACAGAACCGGGACAGCGCCGGGACAGCGCCGGGACAGCGCUGAGACAGCACCGGGACAGCGCCGGGACAGCGCCGGGACAGAGCGCCCCGAACCUCGGCUGUGGGGGCACCCACAGCACUGCCAGAGCCCGCUAUGGAGGGCACGAUGGUGGCACUGGGUGCCAGCCCCAGGGCCCGCAGGGCCUGUCCCCUGCUGUCACCCCAGAGCGAAGGGGCAGCUCCAGGUGCCCACCAGUACCAGAACCGGCCCUCUGCCGGGAGCAGCAGCAGCCCCAGGACACCGAGAGUGGCUCCCAGGACCCCCCAGAGUGGCUCCCAGGACCCCCAGAGCGGCUCCAGGACUCCCAGAGCAGCUCUAGGACUCCCAGAGUGGCUCCCAGGUACCCCAGAGUGGCUCCAGGACCCCCAGAGUGGCCCCAGGACACCGAGAGUGGCUCCCAGAGUUGCCCCAGGUACCCCAGAGUGGCUCCAGGUACCCCAGAGUGGCUCCAGGACUCCCAGAGCGGCUCCAGGUACCCCAGAGUGGCCCCAGGACUCCCAGAGCGGCUCCAGGGCCAGGAACAGUGA